UUCCAAAUUUAUUGUUAUUCAUUUCCAGUAAUGGCCGAGGGAAUGUUCAAAGCAUUGUUGUGGGUUCUUGCCGCCACGGUGUUUACAAUGGCCGGGGUGGCUCGUGGACAGCGAGUGCCUUGCUAUUUCGUUUUUGGAGAUUCAGUCUUCGACAAUGGUAACAACAAUGGCUUGAAUACAACGGCCAAAGUUAACUAUUCACCUUACGGUAUCGAUUUGGCUAGAGGUCCAACCGGCCGGUUCAGCAAUGGCCGUAAUAUUCCCGACUUUAUCGCUGAACUGAUGAAAUUCAGUGAUUACAUUCCACCGUUCACCGGAGCAUCGCCGGAACAAGCUCACACCGGACUAAACUACGCUUCUGGUGGCGGUGGACUUCUCGAGGAGACUAGCCACCAUUUGGGUGAUAUAAUUAGUUUUGAAAAACAAAUAGAGAAUCACCGGAAGAUGAUUAUGACGGCGAAUGUACCACCGGAGAAGCUGAAGCAAUGUCUAUACACAAUUAAUAUCGGGAGCAAUGAUUAUCUUAACAACUAUUUCAUGCCAGAUGAUCAGUACAAUACCAGUCGCUUGUUCACGUACAACCAAUAUGCCGAUUUCCUCAUUCAACGUUAUCGCUCUUAUUUGAAGUUAUUGUAUGUCCAAGGAGCAAGGAAGGUGGCGUUGUUUGGGGUCAGUAAGCUCGGGUGCACGCCGCGGAUGAUCGCUUCCCACGGUGGCGGUAGAGGCUGCGCGGCUGAAGUGAACACAGCAGUUGAACCUUUCAACAAGAACCUCAAAGCUCUGGUCAGAGAGUUCAACACAAACUUCGCCGAUGCUACGUUCACAUACGUCGAUAUCUUCACCGGUCAAACUACUCUUGCGUAUGCUGGCUUAGGUUUUGCGGUAACACAAGAGAGUUGUUGUACGGUAGAACAAGGGGAAGAACUAUGUGCGGCGAAUAAACCGGUGUGUGAGUCUCGAAGACAGUACGUGUACUGGGACAAUGUCCACAGCACUGAGAGGGCAAACAUGUUUGUGGCAAAGGCUGCGUUUGCCGGAGUCAUUACUUUUCCUUAUAGCAUUGCCUUGCUUGGCAUAUUAUAG